AUGGCACCAUCGGCAUCACCCUCCCACACACCUGGCCCACACACGGUCGUCUCUCCCCCGUCCAACCAAAGGCGUGCCAGUACCCCCAAGGUCCGUACCGGCUGCAUCACUUGCAAGAAUCGACAUGUCAAGUGCGAUGAGCGCAAGCCGACGUGUUCCCGCUGUGAAAAAGCACGCAUGGAGUGCCAUGGCUAUCUCGCCAAGACGGAUCAAAAAGCAGCAAGAAAGUCGUCUAGCAAGUCCGCAACUAUUCAAGGAGGCCCGCGGCCGUUACAGAUGAUACGUCCCGCACGUGUAACGCCUUUCUGCCCCGAAAAAGACAUAAUCUACCAUGACUUCUUCCGGUAUACCCUUGUCAACGAUCUUGCUGGCUAUCUCCACGCCGACUUUUGGUCCCGGGUUGUGCUUUGCGAGGGUAUUCGGGACAGUUGUGUCAACCACGCCAUAUUUGCCAUUGGCGCGCUUUCUCAGGCUCUCUUUGUUGAAGCUAGGCUUGAUAGAUCACUUGCUCGACAAUCGUCUGGCUCGCCACCGUCCCCUCCACACUCUCAUGUUCGUUGGCACCAUAUAUACAAUCCCCACUACCAGGCGGCCAUCCGCCACCAAAACCAGGCAAUAUCGCUGUGUUUACAACGAAUACGGGACGAUGGAGAUACCAUGUCCGCUCGAAACCUUCUUGUCAUCACGUUGCUUCUCGUCGGCUACGAACUUCUUCAGGGUGAUGUAGAAGCCGCCGAUGGACUUAUGACAAGCGGCAUCCGACUGCUUCGAGACUCGAUAACAACCCUUAGGGACGCAGCACGCCGGAACACCGGGCCUACCAACUAUGUCAACCGCGUAGAUGAAGACACGCAAGAUAUGGAGUACAUCCUCCCUUUUUUGAGUGGAACGUCCAACCUGCGUCCCAGCCCGCCACCCCAUUACACAAUCCCCAGCUCUUCUCUUGAAUGUAACGACCUCCCGGUCUUUGGGAAAACUAGCGCAGUGAAGUGUACUUUUCUUUGGGGCAAUUUUCACACACGGUGCUUGUUAUUUAUCUCGCAGGCUAUGCAGCGUACCUUUGCUGGACAACCCCUUCCAACAAACGAGAGACACUCCCUCUGGGCAGAACAAGCACAACUUUGGAACUCAUCUCGCCAAUGGCAGCAAGUGCUAUCUGAUUACAAAGCAGCGGUCAGCCCUGAAGACGUUCGAACUAGAAAGAUAAUGUUACUGCUCCUUCUGCAAUGCUACACAGACCUCAUCUGCCUCGCUUGGUGCCUGGAUCCAGCAGGCACAGCUUUGGACAACUGCGAGCCCGAUUUCGGCCAGCUGCUCAACAUAGCCCUCGAAUUCUCUGAGGAUCGAGAGCCCAUGACCACGAACGGAUUUAUACUCUCCGGUGGAAACGUCACCGGUCCCCUGAUAUUGAUUGCGACAAAAUGCCGAACUAGUCGGACCCUGAGGUGGCAGGCGCUCGAGGCUUUCAGAAAAAUGUCUUGGCGGACAGGAGCAUGGGAUGCCAAAGUCUUUGUGUCUGUGGCUGGUUUGGUAUCGCUGGAGGAGGCGGCUCGGGAUGAGGGAGGUCGAAUAGAUCCCAUCAACAGGUGGCUAUGUACCGGUAUCCACUCGGAUGUGGAUAGCAUGAAGGUUAUGGGGGAGUAUACAAGAGCAUCAUCUGAUGAGAAGGGUGAUCCGAUAAAGAAAUAUUUGGUCUUGAAUGUAGAUGGACGGCGGUUCCUAGCUGAGGGGGAGGGACCUAUGGACCCGAGUUUGACAAAGGUUGAUCCUGAUCUAGGAUGUGUUGGGAAUACUCAUGGACAACUGGCAGGUCAAAUCAUGAAUCAUGGUCUCGACGCUGAUAUGGGUAGCAGCAUAAACGGGGCACCGUCGCCAGCUUCAGCGGUUACAUGGUCGGAUUUUGAUUCACCCUUACCUGUACCCACAGAGUUUAACUCAAAUUGGGAUGGUCUGUCAAGUCGGGAGGAUACCUUGGUGUAG